AUGGCAGAUUUGGCAGUCGGGGAGAAAACAAAUCCCCAGGAAACUGGGGUUGAAAAGGAUGAUUCAGAAUGCGGCCCAGCGGAGGAGGGAAUCAUGUCACCCCAGGCAGAAAAGAGGAUGAUGCGCAAAGUUGAUAUCAACCUGAUGAUUCCUCUAUGGAUUCUCUUCAUCUUUGGGUUUCUCGAUCGUAUCAACCUUGGAAAUGUGGCCGUCUUGGGGAUCAUGGAAGAAUUGAAACUCAAGGGAAAUGAUUUCAACGUUGCCGUUCAAGUUUUCUUUGUGCCGUAUGUUCUGAUGGAUAUUCCGAGCAAUAUCCUAUUGAAGAAGUUUGCUCCAUCGACUUGGAUCAGCAUGCUCACUUUCUUGUGGGGUGUAUCUUCCAUGUGUCAAGGCUUUGUGAGAAACAAUGGCGAUCUUAUUGUUUGCCGCUUUUUUAUCGGCGCCUUUGAGGCAGGUUAUGUCCCCGGCUGCGCAUUCUUAAUGGCUACAUACUACAAAAGACAUGAAUUCCAGAAGCGACUUUCACUCUUCUGGGUUGCAGGCUUGCUUGCAGGCGCUUUUGGAGGCCUCCUCGCAUAUGCCAUUGAUCAUAUGGAUGGCCUUGGAGGCUAUUCUGGUUGGAGAUGGAUAUUUAUACUGGAAGGCCUCUUUUCAAUUGUUCUUGCAGGUCCUGCAAAAUUCUUUAUUGCCGACUGGCCAGACCAGGCAAAGUUCUUGACCAGCGAGGAAAGGAAAAUGAUGGUUACCCGCAGCAGCCAAGACAUCGGGGGAGGUGCUCGUAUGGACAGGCUUGACCUUGCUGCGUGGAAAAGGAUCUUAUCUGACUGGAAGCUUUAUGUUGGCACAUUCAUCUAUUUCAACAUUACAGUGUCAGGGUACGCGACUGCUCUUUUCAUCCCAACUAUUGUGAAGUCUCUCGGGUACUCUGGGAUCCAAAGUCAGAUCCAUAGCAUUCCGGUAUGGCUUGUGACCGCGGUUGUUACCCUCAUGGUCUCAUACCUGACAGACCGUCUGAAGCAUCGCCUUGGAUUCAUUGUCUUUGGCGUUGCCUUCGGAAGCAUUGGGUAUAUCAUCCUCCUUUGCCAGGGCCCCGUGGGCGGCGGGUUACCUGACGCAGUUCGUUAUAUGGCGGUAUUCUUCGUCAGUGUUGGCUGCUAUAUUGUCCAGCCUGUGACUAUUGUCUGGUUUGCGAAUAACCUGGGAGGCCAUUACAAACGAGCCAUUGGCCUAGCAAUUCAAAUUGGCAUUGGAAACCUGGGUGGACUGGUUGCAAGCAAUGUCUUCGUGCGCAAAGAUGCGCCUCGGUACUUUGUUGGCUAUGGCGUUUGCUUAGGUACCAUGAUCAUGUGCGGAAUUGGUAGCAUUGUACUUGCUCUCGGGCUUGUGCGAGAGAACAGGCUGCGAGAUCAAGGGAAGCGUGAUGACAGGCUUCAGCUGGAUGAGAGCAUCCUGGGAAACAUGGGAGAUGAUGAUCCACGGUUCCGAUUCACGAUCUAA